GUUCGGCAGCAGUUCGAACUGCUGAGGCAGGAGUUCGCGGCUCGAAUGAGUCAGACCGCCGACGAGAUGCGGAGGCUGGAGAACGAGAAUCAGCGGCUUCAGCAACAAGUAGCAGGAGGCCUCGCGGCAAUUCCGCAGGCGAUAGAACGGAUGGGCGAGCAGAUCAGAGGCGCGUCGAGCGCAGGAGGAGCCGCUCCCGGUCUCGUAGACACCAAGGGGAUUGGCAAGCCCACAACGAUGGGCGACGAUCAAGAGAAGUUCGGGGCUUGGAAUCGCAAGAUGGAGAACUACGUGAUAGGCGUGUACGGAGAGAGCUUUCGUCCCGUUCUUCGGUGGGCUGCAGAAGCCGAACGCCCCGUGACGAUCGAGGGGGCACAGGCGGCGCACGGCGGAGUACCCGAGCUGGAGACCAAGGUCAACCAGCUGUACGCGGCGCUGAUCAGCACGACGGCGGACGGCAGCGAGAGCAACGACCUCGUGACGGGCGCCCCCGAUGGGAACGGUCUAGAGGCCUGGCGGAAGCUUCACCGCAGGUGGGAUCCGACGACAGGUCCGAGGAAGCGGCUGAUCCUGAGGUCGAUCAUCUCGCCUCCGAAGUGCAGCGCGGACGAACUGGGAUCAGCCUUAGAGAAGUGGAUCCAGCAGAUAGGCAGGUACGAACGCCGCCAAGGAGAAGAUGGUCUAGCCGAGCUGCCAGAGGAUAUCAAGAUGGCGGCCCUCGAGAUGCUCGUGCCUCAGGACAUCGAGAACCACCUCGUCCUCAACAAGCAUCGGCUCAUCACGUUCCAGGACAGUCUGAACGAGGUGAUGACAAUCGUGGAGGCUCGGACCGGCGUGAAGAUCAAGGAGCCAUCGAUCCGUGCGCGGGCACAUCAUCCGGACGACAUGGACGUCGGGUCAUUCGGAGCCCCGAAGGGCAAAGGCAAAGGCAAGGGCAAGGACGGCAAGAGCAAAGGGAAAGGCAAGACUCAGGAGCCGAAGGGGAAGAGCAAAUCGACGAACGGAUCAUACUCAGGCAGCCUGGAGGAGGAGCCUGAAGCGGAGGUCGCCGCUCUGGACAUGGGCAGCCUGGACUGCCUGGAGCUCGCCAGCGGCAGCGGCCGCGGCGUGGUGGCGGUCGAUCUCUCACCCUUCGCGCAGGACGACUGGAUGAAGUUCAACUGGGACAGCGGUGCAGCUAUCUCAGCAUUCCCUCGGAGUUUCGCGCCGCCGACGGGAAUGAAGGGCAACGGCAGCACGUAUCGCACGGCCAGUGGUGAGCUCGUCCCGGACGAGGGCAGCUUGCAGCUCAAGGCGGAGGACGAGUACGGAGUGCUACGAGCGCUCAAGGGACGCGUGACGAACGUGCACAAGCCGUUGAUCUCGGUGGGGCAGGCAGCAGGAGCUGGACAGUGUUCGUUCUUGGGCCGCAAUGGCGGCUGGAUAUUCCACGAGAAGAGCCCAAUCGGCAAGCGCGUGGUAGGCAUGCUCGAGAAGGAGGCGAAGGCGGCGAAGCACCAGAUGAUGCCGGUCUAUCGCGAGCAGGGCGUCUACAACUUCUACCUCAAGAAGGGCCAACAUGGCUCGGUUGCUCCUCUCGAGGAGGGACUUUCGGCGAAGUCGAAGUCCGAGCUGGUGGAGCUCCUCAGUGGCAAGUCGAAGGAGGAGCUGCUGGAGAUCCUCGAGAAGACAGACGACGAGACAGCGGUGCCGGUGAUCUCAUCCGACUACGCCUUCAUGGGCCAGGAUGACGCGGACACCAUGCCGAUGCUGGUCCUUAGGGAUCGGCGCUCGAAGAUGAUGGCAGCGACAUUCGUGGAGAAGAAGGGCGACGACGCCUACGCCAUCAAGUUCUUCGCACGCUUCUUACGGAUCCUGGGCUACAGGAAGAUCGUCAACAAGUCCGACGGCGAGCCCGCGAUCCUGCUGGUCAAGAGGCGUGCGGUGGAGGAGGUUCCUGGCCUCGAGGCCAUUCCUCAGGAAUCGGCACCGGCCGAUCAUCAGGCCAAUGGGGAGAUCGAGGUCACGGUGCGCGAGAUCAAGAAGCAGGUGCGGGCGCUCAAGAUGGACCUGGAGUCCAAGCUUGGCGUCAAGGUGGAGGACAAGCACCCGGUGCUAGCGCACCUGCCGGAGCACGCCGCAUCGGUAAUCAACCGAUAUCGGCGCGGCCAGGACGGCAAGACCGCUCUUCAGCGGCUCACGGGACGGCAGUGGAGGAAGCCGGUCCCGCUCUUCGGCGAGCGCCUGAUGGUGCGGUUCGCCGGGGAGCGCACGAGGAAGAACGCGCUGGAGGAGCAGAUGGUGGAGGCUCGCUACAUCGGCCACCACCCGCGCGACGGAUCGAUGAUGGUCAUCACGAGCGACGGUGUGAAGAAGGCGGUCGGCUUUCGCAGCCUGCCGCAGAGCGAGAAGUGGAUCACGGCGGGCUGGGACAGCCUGAAGGGCCUGCCGUGGGACGUGGCUCCGCGCGCGGCCAGUGCGCCGCGAGCCAUCGUCGGACCGGGAGAGGCCGGUCCGCCACCGAUUGUGGUGGUGCCGCCGCAGCCGCAGGCGCCGAGGAGGAUGUGCGUUCUCAAGGCGGACGUCGAGCGGCUGGGCGCAACGCCGGGAUGCCCAGGGUGCGUCUCGAUCGCCAAGCACGGCAAGGUGCUGGCGGGCCAUGCGCACAACGCGGUGUGCAGCAAGAGAAUCUUCGAAGCGCUGGACGCUGAGGAGGCAGGCCGGGAGAGGACCGGCCAGUAUCGAGAGCGGAGGCAGGGCCAAGAGGCCAGAGUCCGACCAGCGGCAGCGGCCGCGGCAGGGACCCCUCCGCCGAAGACGGCUCGGAGGAUCACCGAGCCGGCGGCAGCGGCGGCGUCGGCGUCGGCCGCGCCGGCCGCGACCCGAUCGGCAGCAGCGCCAGCCGCGGCAGCCGCAGCGGCGCGCAUGCGAGAGAGCCAGCCGGUAGCAUCGGGCUCCGGCGUGGCGGCUCCUUCAGGAGGAGCGAGCUCCAGUUCGGGAGCAGUGCGAGCGGCAGAGGCCGCCGAGGAUGUCGACAUGACCGCGACCAGGUCGCGGCUGAAGCGCUUGGCGGAGGUGGCCCCGGAUGACGUGCCGGAGGCCCUCGAGCGCGGUGAUCCACAGCCGGCAGACGUGCCGGUACCGGUGGACAUGGAGGAUCUCGCGGCGCAGCCGGCGCCGGCGGAAGGACCUCAGCUGCCAGCUGGAGUGGCAGUCGUUUGGAACGCCAGUGAGGGGAGGCACAUGCGGGUGCUCGCCCUCGAUGUGGCGUCGAUCGAGCUGGUUGAGCUCGGUCAGUGGCCAUUGGGCCAGCGCGGCGUGGACAUCGCCGACGAAGAGGUGGACAGCAUCGCCCUAUCGGCGUUGCAGCUGGGCGCCGUGGACGUGGCAGAGGUGUACUCGCCACAUCGGUUCUCGGCUCGGGCAGCGGAAUUUCAGCUGCGCCCGGGCUUCGCGGCGGACCUGGAGGAACUCAAGGAGGACGGGGCGCCGUGGGACUUGCGGCGCCCCGAGGAUGUCAAGGAGCUCGAGAAGCAGCAGGAGCGGAUGGAUCCCAUCCUGCUCACGGGGUCCCCUCCAUGCGAGAAGUUCAGCUUGCUGAGGGGCCUGAGCGCCAAGUUCAGGACCGAUGAGCAGGAGGCGGCUGAGAUGGAGGAGGCCAGACACCACCUGAAGGUGGCGGUCGACGCCUACUGGCGUCAGCUUAAGAAGCCAGGCAGGUACUUCCUGCAUGAGCAUCCCUGGAGCGCGCGAUCGUGGAACGAGGAUAUCGUCAAGGAGCUGGUCGCGCAUCCAGGAGUCUUCACGGUCAAAGGCCCCAUGUGUCGGUGGGGCAUGAAGCUCACGAACCCACGCAGUGGCCAUGAGGAGUUCGUGCGCAAGGAGACCGGAUGGGUCACCAACCAUCCAGGCUUAGCCCGGAGGCUGCAGGGCACUUGCAGCAAUGUGGACGGCCGAGCGGAGUGGCAUCGCCACAUCACACUCGUGGGCGGCAUCGCGCGGUUCGCGAAGGUCUAUCCACCGAAGUUGGUGGAGGCGGUGCUGGAGGAGCUCAAGGACACGCUGAAUGACGUGGGGGAGCUCAGCACCGCCCAGGUGCAACAGUCGGGCCCAGUCCCUGUGGACGCGGCAGUUCCGCCCGGGGACUGGACGAGUUACUGGGACGAUGUCAAUGGCGGCUACCUGGAGGCGGGCCUUGUGGCCCAGGCUCGCGCGGUCGAGCGCGAGUGGGUCAAGAAGCAGGAGCUGAUCGAGAUCGUCCCGAGGUCUCAGGCUUUCGCCGAGACUGGGCGUCCGCCCAUCCCACUCAAGUGGGUCGACACGAACAAGGGUGACGCGGAGAGGCCCAACUACAGGAGCAGGCUCGUGGUGAAGGAGAUCAAGGCGAAGAAGCGCCCGGAUGAGCAGCUGGAGGCGUCCGAGGUCUUUUCGGCCAUGCCUCCUCUGGAGGCCAUGCAGUCGCUGGUCUCGCUGAUGGUCACGUGGACGCGGGAGCCACCGCUCCACAUUCAGGAGUCGCUUCGCAAGAAGGGCAGGAAGCCGGGCAACUUCAAGAUCGGUUUCUUCGACAUCAGCCGGGCGCAUUUCUACGGGAAGGCGCAGCGUAGGAUCUUCGUGGAGCUGGAAGAGGAGAGUCGCAAGGAGUAUGGCGAGGACAAGUGUGGCUUACUCCUCAAGUCCUGGUACGGCACGCAGGACGCCAGCAAGAUCUGGCAGGGCGAUUACACGGAGCUGCUGGAGGAACACGGAUACAAGGUGGGCGUGUCGUGCCCAGCGGUCUUCUACAAGGAGGUGGACGAGACGAGAUUGCUGGGGCACGGCGACGACUUCGCGGUACUGGCUCAGCAGCAGGACAUCGACAGCUUCGAGGCCACGCUGGGAAAGAAGUACGAGUUCAAGAAGACUGCGAACCUAGGCUUCGACGAGGGCGACGACAAGCAGGCGGUCUUCCUGAAUCGGGUCAUCGAAGUCAGUGCGGGAGUUCCGCCUGGCGGUGGCCGGCCCUGCCGGCAUGCGAUGAUCGAGCCGGGCAAGCGGCGCGCGGAGAUCGUGAUCGACGAGUUGGGUCUCAGCAAGGCCAACGGCGUGGACACGCCGACUGAGAAGCGCAGCGCCGACAAGCAAAUGAUGGAUGCGAAGUCGGCGGCGCUGGGAGCGGCGGAAGCUUCGCGCUUCCGAUCCCUCACCAUGAGGGUGGCCUACCUGUCGCAGGACAGGCUGGACUUGGCAGAGGCAUCAAAGACGCUCGCUAGGUCCAUGCAGACGCCGACGGAGGCGAGUUGGCUCAUGCUCAAGAGGGUUGGCCGCUACCUCAAGCGGCAUCCUAGCACGGUGACGGUUUUCACGGAGCAGAAGAUGUUCGACAAGAUCCGGGUGCACGUGGACUCCGAUCAUGCGGGCUGCGCAGUCACCCGGAAGAGCACCGGAGGCUUCGUGGCGAUGCUGGGGCAUCAUGUUGUCAAGCAUGGCAGUAAUCUGCAGUCGACGGUUUCUCUGAGCAGUGGAGAGAGCGAGUACUACGCCCUGGUGAAGGGCGGGAGUGUGGGCCUGGGUCUUCACAGCCUCUUCGCGGACUGGGGGCUGGACCUGAAGGUGGAGCUCGCCUCAGAUUCAUCGGCGGCCCGGGGCCACGUCCAACGGCGAGGUCUCGGGAGGAUGCGACAUGUUCAAUCACGAUACUUGUGGAUCCAGGAGCGCGUGGGUAAGGGCGACCUCUCGGUCGCCGCGGUUCCUGGUAAGAACAAUGUCGCGGACGUGCUGACCAAGAGCGUGGGUGGAUCUCUUUUGAGGAGACACAUGGCGACGCUCAACAUCUGGGAUCGGACACCGAGUUCGACUCAGAAGGAGUUCAAGUGA